AGGACAGGGGAAAGCGGGCCAGAGAGGAAAAAGUGGGCAGGCAAAAAGUGGGCAGGCCGAUAUCAGACCCCUCAGUGGGUUGAGAGGAAGUCCGGGAAUUUCCUUUGCAUGUGGCCCUGCAGGAAAUUGACGUCUGCUAGCGUGGGAGUGUAUGUUUUUGUUUUCCUGCCGAGUGUUUUGGUUUAGUGCCAUCACAUCAGUAGGCCUGUAUUGAUGUGACACAGAUUUUGGAUAGUUUGGCAUUGUCUUGCCGAGGUUGCCAUCAUCUGAUUGUCUUUCAAACUCGGAUCUAUUCUGGGAUAGCUGAUCUCCUUUCUCUAAUUAAAGAGGCAUAAUUACCAAGUAAAAGAUCAGGAUCUGAGGGACAGGGAUUAUUGCAUUUUGGAUUUACUGAAAUCUACCUUGGAUUAUCACUACAUCCAUGGAUUAAAGGAUUACAACCUCAAUUGGUGCUAAAGCAGAUUCCUUUAAAAAUCAAACUCAAAAUGGAUUAAUUCUCAUGAGGAUUCAAAAAGGAAUAUCGUGAGUUUGGAAAAAUGUGGAUUUUAGGAUUAUUGCUGGCUUUCGUAGCCAAAACGACAUCGCAAGAUGCACCAGGAGCCGAUAUAGCUCUACGCGAUGAUAGUCGCGAGGUGUACUGCCCUAUGCACUGUUUCUGUGAUAUGGAAUAUGCGCAUUGUGGUACCGGUGGGUUCACGACCUUCCCUGUAAACCUUGAUAUGAAAAUUAAACAUAUCCAGCUCCAAAAUAACCGAAUUCGUAAUCUACGGUAUGAGGAAUUGCGUUAUUAUAAAACGGCGGAAAGUAUCAAUUUGCAUGGCAAUCAAAUUGAAAGAAUAGAGCGUGGUGCUUUCAACGGACUCACAAAUUUAAAAAAGUUAAAUCUCGGCCGAAAUCGUCUGAGACGUAUUGAUAAGACGACAUUCGAGGGGUUAGAUAAUCUCGAAAUUCUCAACCUUGAAGGCAACGAAAUUGAUGACUUAUCAUUGGCCUUACGACCUCUAAGAAAGCUUCGCAUUCUCCGGGCAGGUUCUAACAAAAUCACCGCUUUACGCGAAGAGAAUUUCGAACAUACUCCAGGGUUACACCGUCUUAAUGUAAGUUUUAAUGAAAUAAGUUACAUGGAUCGGGAUGCCUUGAAACCUAUGCCAUAUCUACGCUAUCUGAUUUUGAGCAACAACCCGUUAGGGGAUGCCGCGUCCAAUCUGAACCUCAAUAACAACCGCUGGAUUCACUUUGUCGAUUUGACCAAUACGCAGAUGACAUCGAUGAUUAAGAAUCUGCCACCAACCACCACUGAUGUCCGCCUCCAAAAUAACCAAAUACAGCGCCUCAACCGUGACGACUUCACUAACGCCACCUCCCUGGACAUGUUGAUACUGAACGACAACGUCUUACGUGAUAUCGAGCCAGGAGCGCUCGAUCAUUUAGCGCGCCUCCGUGAGCUCUGGUUGGCCAGAAAUCGUCUACAACGUUUCCCCCGCCUACCACACAACGUCCGCGCAGUCCAUCUCGACCACAACGACAUCCGCCAAAUUCAAUCGCGUGAUUUAGAACCGUCUCCAAACCUCGAAUUUCUAUACUUACAAAAGAAUAACAUUCGUCGGAUCGCGAGUCAAAGUUUCAAAGAUAUGGGACACCUCCAUUCGUUAAUUUUACGUGGGAAUCAACUGGACGAAUUGGAAUCUUACACAUUUGUCAACCUCACCAACCUGGAUUUUGUAGACCUCUCGAUCAACCCGAUUAGGCAGGUCGACCGUGCGAGUUUCUCGAAGCUGGAUAAUCUACGGCGACUGACGAUGUCACGAUUUGAUCAGCCGACGGUGGCGAGGAAUUUGGACAUGCUGCAGGAGAUGAAACGUUUGCAGAUUCUCGACAUGAGCCAAAGCCCCGGAUUGGCCAACAGCUUCGCACAGUCGGACGUCAUCCUACCAGAGGUGCGAGAUCUUAACCUGAUGUACAGCGACCUGGUCACCCUGCCCCAAGACUUCCCCAGACGUUUACCAAACAUCAACCUCAUCAAGUUAGCAGGUAACAAGUACCAUUGCAACCGAUCACUUACAUGGAUGCCGGCAUGGCUGCGGAGGAAACCAUCAAUGUUUUUUGCGCGCCACUUAAUCACGUGCGCAACACCAUUGGCGUUGAAAGACAGACCAAUAUUUUCUGUCCCGAUGUCAGAAUUUAGAAAAGUUGUUGGUCCACCAGAUUAUGAGGAGUGGAGGCGACUACCGACCUGCAAGGACUGCCCAUGUGAUGAGAACGGCGUCCCUAUUGUGGUACCGAUACGUCGACCUUUACCCACAAGAGGGCCAGAUUUCCCGACGGGUGAUGUUCUAGUUGGUGGAGAUCAGCCACCGACCAGAGAAAGUAUGGUUGGGCCAGAUGGUCGUGUGAUUGUAGACAGUAAUGUCAGAGACCACAAUAACAAACCAGACUCUGGCAGUCGUAUUGAGGAGAAAGAUGAAAAUGGUUUGCCACAAACCACAAAAUUCCCUCCAACCAAAGAUGAUGAGGUUGAUCCUGAUAAGUGGCCAGAUAAAGAUGGUGAGGACUUCACAGACACAAACCGAAAAGAUGAGGACAAUCUUGACCUGGAUAAUGUAGAGCCUACUACAGCACCAAUGACUACCACAAGAACUGCAGUAGUGCCGGUGGUACCAAAAACGACUGCAGCACCAACUACAACAACAAGUCAACCUACUACAACUAUCACUACCACUACUCCAGAGCCAACUACGACUACUACAGAACCUACCGCAACUCCUACAGUGCUCAGUACAACUACUUCAGAGCCUACCACAACUACUCCAGAACCCACCACCACUACUCCAGAGCCAACAACCACGACAACAGCUGCAACUACCACAACUCCAAUGACUACAACGGAAAAGAUGACCACAACUACUACUAUGGCGCCAACGACUACCACAGAACCAACAACUACUCCAAUGCCGACAACUACCACUCCUGAACCAACGACUACCACAACUGAAGCUACAACAACUACCACCAUGAUGACAACAACAACUGAAGAUCCGAAAUUGCAUAUUAGUAUCCUUCUCGGCGGUUACAAGAUUGAUAGAGAGGUCAUUGAAACAAUGCUGAUCAAAAUGGGACGCUCUUUAGCAGCAUUCCGAACUGGUCUGUGGCGAGUUUAUGUCUUUGGCACCAAGGGGAAUUGUAGUUCUUUACCAGAAGAUCGCGUCAAUGCAACGGAGAGACAAAUCAUCGAGGUGAUGUCAAAUGAAGCUGGUACGAGUCCUGAUGUCAUGAGUAGAGUUCUCGUGAAGGUUUUCAAGGUCAGGAAGCAGGUAGAUGACAAACACAUUGGGAUAGAAAUCAUGGAACACAUGUUGCAGGAAAUGGCAAAGAAGAUGAACGUGAAUCGUGAAGAGCUCAUCCAGAUUCUGCUGAAUAUCUUCAUGCGAACGAUGCAAUGCGGGACCAUAACUGACCCUGGUCAGUCACCAGAGGCUCUAAUUGAUGAUGCGAGCAGACGGCUGGGACUUUCAAGCGACAUUGUGCAGGGGAUCGUCUGGCGUCUCUUCACAACUGGAUUGGACUACAUGAUGAAAGAGCCCGAAGAGAACCGCAUUUCCUACAUGAUGCAGAUAUAUCCUUCAGUGAAGUACAUGGUGCGGGCACUUGCAUUCCGCUCUGGUGUUGCAUCGCAUACUUUCAGGACCCGUCUCUUCACUUUUGCACAACAGCGAAACUUUACCAAGAAUUCAUACUGCCCUUUGAAAGACUUUGCGAAAGAGUUAGACAUUCCAGACAAGCAGAUGUCACAAGUCCUGAGAGAGAUUUUCUACACAGGAAUGGACCCAGCUACGGUUGUGGGGACGUCGCUGUAUCUACAUGGCAGCCCUGUGAUGCAUUACACGAUAUACGGCAUGGCCCAGGAGCUUGCCAUCCCUUUGAGGAUGCUGCGACAUAAACUGUGGCAGAUCUUCCACACAACUGCUUGCAACACGGACGACAGAAAAUACCUAGAAUCAGUCAAACUUUUGGACAGGCUCUCCCGUGAACUGUACAUCAACAAAACCGAUAUCCUCAACCUUGUUCGCGCAACAUUUCUGACAGGAGUUUACAAUGUCUAUAUGGAGCCAACCAACAUGACUGUGAUUUCCCGCUACCUGAAGCCAUUAUAUGUCUUCACCGUCCAAGGCAUGGCCGAUAACUUGGACAUGAAAGUCAGGCAUAUGAGGGAGAUUUUCUGGAAUUCUCUCAUUGCUGACUCAGACGUCACAACUGAGGAUUUGGCUGCGCAGUUUGAUAUUCCUGUUGACAUGUUUCUAGACCUCUUGAAAUGGAUGUUCAGGCCAGAGGUUCGUCCAUCCAUGGCAGGCAAGAAUCUCCCCACAGUAAAUCGGAUGGCGAAAGAAUUGUACAUACCUGAGAAAACUUACAUUGGAUACAUCACAGAGUUAUUCGAGGGGGUGCAUUAUGAGGCUGACAUUGGCAGGGUCCGUACAAAAGUGACAGAACUGGCCAAGGAGCUCUAUAUUCCGGAGAUCGACCUCCAUGCGAUACUGAGGAUGCUGUACCAGUUGGGCAAUACAGAGACAAUUGCCCGGGCUGCUGGUUUCCAUUACGUCACCAUGCCACAUCUGAACCUAACAUACCCAGAGAUGAAAGGAGUCUUGAGGACCAUGCUUUACAUUCUCUACCGUGACUUCACACAAAUUCAGGAUUACAUCGUAAACGGGCGGACGACCACUACAACAACUGUGGAACCGCCGCCAGAAGAGCCUCCAAUUGGACCAAAGUGGAAUCUCACCUUAUUACAAGAGUUGGCAGCCGAGUUACAAAUCCCGGAGGUCAUUUUCAAGAGGACCCUGAAGGACCUCCUACGAAAAAUAAUCAGCAAUCCAGACCGAGAUGCACAUCAGAGCUUCCUGACCAGCGUUGCCAGUAGCCUGUACAUUCCUACAAAAAUAUUGUCUGCAACUUUGCGGAAGCUGUACACCAACACCCCACGGAUGACCAAUCAGUACAUGACAGUAUACAUCGAACAGAAUCUCCCCAAUAUCGGGAUGUCUGGCUUCAACACGAGUAUCGCCCUCAUACGAUUGCAGAAGGCACUCCAAGUCCGGGACCAACCGUCCUUUGGCAUUGAUAUCAUGAGUUUGAUUAGGAGGCCGCAACACAUCAAGAGAAGAUUACUAGAACCUGCGCUGACGAAACUUUUACAUAAAGUUGAUGCCUCGAAGGCGCAGGAUGAAACCAAACAGAUCAUAAGGAACAUGGCCCAGGAAUUCAGAAUUCCUUUUACUACCUUCACGAGCAUCUUGCGAGAACUCUUAUCGUUUUACGACUUUCCCAGCAUUGAGAACACCACUGAUUACAUUUACGCAAACUUCAUUAACCUGACAAUAGGAUCAUUGGAGACAAGGAAUGCGUUGUCAAAGGUUGCUGCAGCCGUUUUAGACCUUGAAAAGAAACAAGACAUUGUCAAAAUUGAGGAAACAAAUCCACUCAAGUCAGAGUCAGACACUGUAAAUGGAAAAAUUUUAGAAGGAAAACCAACUACCGAGACUCAAGUGAAGCAGAUUGGUUUUUUCAUCGAGGACAAAGAAUAUAAAUAUUCACUCAAGGAAUUGGAUCUAUUGUUUGGGGCAAAGAAGAUACCUCUGUCAAAGCAACAGCGUACUUUAAAUGUAGUUCUCCAAACAGCCUAUGAGAAUGGUAAGGAGAAUAUCACUGGCGAGACUAAAGUCUUUGUGAAUGGAAAUGAAGUAAAGUUGGACGAAGCGAAACUGAAGCGUUUGCUAAAUGUACUGGGAAUAUCUAUCGAUGGGACGGGUGACGAUGAGAUGACACCCGCUUUACUCAGGCAGCUAAUCAUUGCCGCAUACUCCCUGAAGGCCCCUGAAGGAGACAAAGAGGGGACAGGAACAUCUGUCUUUGGUCGGGGAGAUUCAGAUGCCAAACCAGACGCCUAUGUCCGCAUCAACAACCAGGACUACCUCCUUCCAGAAGAUUUCAUAGAGAGAAUCUACGACUCCUUCACUCUGCCAGAAAAUGCAAUCCGCAACCUGAAUCUGAAAUUCAAGACGAAAGGUGGAUCACUGUAUGAGGGAACUGGACAAACAGUUGUUUAUGUCAAUGAUAAAUAUGUUCCUAUCACUGCAGAGGAGCUGAAAAAUAUCCGAGAUGUCUACGGUUUCACCACGAAACCAAUGUUUCUUCGGCUGACAGACGAAUUAGUCAUGAAACUUUACGAAAUAGCCAUAGGGCCAGACAGUCUGACAGACAAUCAGCCAAGUCCGACGAACACCACCAUAACCAUCAAUUCAAGAAGAUACCCUCUUAGCCCAGAACAAAUCUACAACAUCUUUGGCACAAGGUAUAUACCUGAGUCAACAAUGGACCUAAACCUUCGUUUUCAUCCUUCUGGCACUAUGGUCUAUGUCAAUGGCAGGGAAGCCGUCUUGAGUGACCGCGAUAGAAUGUUACUCCAACUCAUAUUUGGUGACGACACCAUCUUUGACCCAAUGGUUGCAAGUGAGCAACUUCCGACCAAACUUUUGAAGAAGCUGUUCGAAGCGGCAGUCAGGGCUCAUCCAAUUGCCACAGCAAAGCCAACCAUUGCUGGGAACAUGAUCUUCUACAUCAACGGUAACAAAUAUGAACUCCCACAAAAUGACGUGACAAGUCUGUUUGGUGCCCGAGAGAUCCCCAGCCCAAACCAACGUGUUCUUGAGCUGAACUUUCUACCGCUGAGCAAAAAUCUGGGCAACAAUGACAUCAAAGUGUUGAUCAAUGGAAAUGAGAUGCCGCUAUCUCAAGACAGGCUGCAGGAAAUAAAGAGAGUUGUAAUGGCUGAUUCAACAGACAAUAUGACCCCCACACUGCUAAAGCUGCUCAUUAGGUAUGCCUUCAGUCUUAAUGAAGCAGAGAGUGGAGAUGCCAAUAAGUCUAUUACAAUUUUGGGCCAGUAUUACCUGUUGCCUCAAGGUGUCAUACGGAGAAUAUUUGGGUCGCCGAUGAUUCCUGAUACUGCCCCUAAGACAUUAGAUUUGAAAUUCAGAACUAGAGGUGGGUCUCUUCAAGCAGGCACUGGUACAACAACAGUCACUAUCAAUGGAAAAUGGGUCAGUUUGACAACGGAUGAGUUAGGCGAAAUCAGGGAUGUCUCUGCUUACUCCAAGAAUCCACAAAAUACGAAGUAUGCAAAGUUAUCAGAUGCAUUAGUUGUAAAGUUGUAUGAGACAGCCAUGUCUCCUGAACAAGAUGGGAAUUUCAUCACGAUAAAUGGAGAGAGGUACCAACUUACACCAAAUGAAGUCAGAGAAAUCUUUGACACAGACUCUGUCCCCCUGUCUGCUCGCCGAGGCCUGAACUUGAGAUUUGUUGACGAAGACACAGCACCCACAGGUAAUGUGAUGGUGUUUGUUAACGAUCAACUGGCAAGACUUUCAGAUGUUGAAAUCUUGUUGCUAAGGGCAGUCUACAACUGGGGCCCGAGCACUGAUCAGGAGAACCCAACUGAUAUCCCUCCAACCUACAUCAUCAAGAAACUUUUCCAAACUCUUUCCACAGCCGUUCCACUGACGACGCAAGAACCACAGAUAGUAUUUCUGGUGAACGAGAAACCAUUUGCGUUGAUGCAAUCAGAGGUUGCAAGGUUGUUUGCUAAGAGCCCAAUACCGACACAGCAUGAACGCACGCUGGAAGUGGGCUUCAGAGACGAAGCGGGCAGUCCCGUUGUUUACAUCAAUGGAAAUAAAGGGUGGCUAUUACCAGCAGAGCGGACUAUAGUUCGCCAGGACCUUGGGCUGGACAAAGAUGGUAGCAGGACUCAAGAUAUGCCGAAACCGAUUCUAAAGAAACUGAUCCGAAUUGCCUUUUCUCUUCAAGAGGUAGAAGAAAAGGUAGAUAAAGUGGAAGUGGAUCAACCUACCAAAGAAUCAGAAGAUUCUGGCACGGCCAGUCGAUUUAUUUUCAUUAAUAAGAGACGUUACCGUAUCCCUGCAGGCACCAUUCAAAGAAUCUUUGGCAACACCAUGAUUCCUCCAGAUGUCAACCGAACAUUGGAAUUAAAGUUUAAAACCACAGGUGGCUCUUUCUAUGAUGGUACAGGGCAGACCACCGUCACUGUCAAUGACAACCCCAUCCAAUUGUCCCGUUAUGAACUCAGCCAGAUCCGCGAUGCAUACUACUUCUUAACAAAUCCUCUCCCUCCAGAGUUGGUUGUCCGGCUGUUUGAGAUUGCAUUUGGUAAAGAAGAAGUUGUAAUUGAGAAGCCAAAGGCACCCAAGCCUUAUAUCGUCAUCAAUGGAAUAGUGUAUGAACUGACCCCAGAUGAAGUGCAGACUCUAUUCGGUACAGGGGACCUGCCUCCACUGGCCUACCGGAGCCUUAGCCUGACGUUCAAAAGUGGUGACUUUGGCCCAUCUAAGGUUAUUGUCAAUAAUACAGAAACAAACUUAUCUGGAGCUGAUGUCAUGAUUCUCAAUGCAUUAUUUGGGCAUGGAGUGGCACAACCCAGUGCGGACAAACCCCCAACAUAUCUAUUAGAGGCGUUAUUUCAAUCCCUUGCACAGAUAUCAAUUGUGCCACCAAAAACCCAAGUAGUACCGGAGAAAAAGGUCUUUUUCUGGAUAAACGAAAGGGAAUAUUGGUUGCCAGAGAGAGAAACAUUGCAGAUAUUUGGUAACAGGAGUAUUCCUACUGAAAACAAGAGAUAUUUGGGGGUAACUUUCAGAGCUGAUGGGCAUGACAGAAAUGCAGUUUAUAUCAAUGGGACCAGGGGUGUGUUACCCCCAAUGUAUUUGAACAAACUGCGGGCAAUCCUUGGCCUAGACCACGAGGGAACACCAAGCCCUAUCAUGACAAGGCCUCUACUGGUGAACCUAGUGCAAAUAGCUUUUGGUCUCCAAGUCACUGGCACUGGUGGUGGAACUGGUACAGGUGAUAGUUCUAGUCCGAGUGCUGGGUCUACAACGUUCACAAGGGAAGAUGGUAGGGCAGAUAUGGACCAAAACUAUGUUACAGUUAGAGGCAAGCGGUACCUAUUACCAACAAAAACCGUGAGGCGGAUCUUUGGAUCUCACACCAUUCCUCGGGCAGCGAGCAGAAUCUUGGCGCUUAGGUUCAAAACAGUCGGUGGCACUUUCACUGAGGGAACUGGUACAACUACAUUCACAGUCAACAAUAGGCCCAUUCAAUUGACUGGAGAUGAGCUACAGCAGCUGAGAGAUGUGUACGGCUACUCAAAUAACCCGCAAUACACUCAGCUUACCACAGAUCUGGUCGCAAAACUAUUUGAGGCUGGUUUAGUUGAUGAUACAACUGGUCCAAAUAAACCAAACCCACCAACAGAGAGUGACAGAGGUACAAGAAUUAUCAUGAUCCGUGGCCAGGAAUACCUCAUUCCUGUUCCAGUAAUCCAAAGAGUUUUUGGCUCUAGCUCUAUCCCUGCUGCAGGAAGCAAAUCGUUAGCAUUGAAAUUUAAAACUGUCGGAGGCAUCUUCUCUGCAGGUACUGGUCAAACCACAGUUCGAGUAAAUGACAAACCAAUCAACUUGAGUUCUUACGAAUUGAAUCAGAUCAGGGAUGUAUUUGGAUACUCUCAGACCCCACAGUACACAAGGUUAUCAUCCGAAUUGGCAGUUAAAUUAUUUGAAGUAGGGUAUGGUAGGGCUGACAGUACAUCAGGUUCAGGACAAGAAUUUCAGGGUUUGAUCAUCAAUGGACAAAAAUUGCUACUCACCCCACAAGAGAGGAAAGAACUAUUUGGAACAAAUACUUUGCCUGCGUUACAGUACAGAACACUGAGCUUGGUGUUCGAAAAGCCAGAUAGCGGAUUUGGCAUAUCGAAAGUUUUCGUAAACGGUUCUGCUACUGUUAUCACAGGGGCUGAUGUUUUGAUCCUAGAAGCACUGUAUGGACGAGAAACCACACACAGUACAGGGGAUGGCCUUGCUCAGGAGAAACCACCAAUUUAUCUCCUGAAGAUGCUAUUCGAGUCAGUCAGGUCACGACAACCGAUAUCAACUGCGGCCAAACCUAAGGUACCUGAGGAACAAGUGAUUUUCUGGGUAGCCGACAAAGAGUACGGGCUUCCAAAGAGUGUGAUUCUGCGGAUGUUCGAAAAUAGAGGUAUACCAUCAGCAGGGCAGAGGUACCUUGAAGUUUCCUUCAGAGACGGGCAAGAUGGAAAGGUUACCGUCAAUGGAAAUGAAGGCGAUUUAGAACCAGGGAUCCAUAAUCGCUUGCGAGCAAUUUUGGGGCUGGCCCAUCAUCAGAUUGAUGGUUCAGAAAAGGCAGUGAUGACUGACCAGUUGCUUAGAAGGCUUGUCAUAAUUGCAUUUUCACUCCCAGAUACUGCGGGCACUGGAGACAUAGUUACCACAGCAGCUGGAGGCCACAGCACUGGGAGAAUAUCAACAGCAGCAUCGAAUAAUGAAAUAGAGAUUCACGGCCAGAGGUACACCUUGUCAUCUGAUGCUGUCAACAGAUUUUAUGGGCAGUCAACAUUACCAGCCAGUGCCCCAAGGAAUCUGACAAUGAAAUUCACAACAGUAGGUGGUUCAUUUGAACAUGGGACAGGGCGUUCAUUUGGAACUGUAAAUCGCCUCAAUAUCCACCUGACCAAGUUAGAAAUAAAUGAGAUCAGAGAUGUAUGGGGGUAUACUACGAACCCAAGGUAUACCAAGCUGACCCCUGGGCUUGUAGAGAAGAUAUAUGAAGUUGUUGUGGACAAAAAUUGGAGGUCACAUACUGGUGGCGUUGUUGUGAAACAGCCUGAUUAUUAUAAUGGUAGCUUAGGAGGAGAAGGGGCAAAGACAUUCACUAAAGAAGUGACAGGAGUAGGGGGUCAAACCUUCGCAAGGGAGGACCCAAUAAAAGGUGAAGAUUCCCUGACUGGUGAGGAUUCCAUCACUGGCGAGGACUCCAUCACCGGUGGCACUGACAGAGGUGAUCAGGGAACUGGUGGCAGUGACAGUAGAGGUCAGGGAACUGGUAGCACUGACAGCGAAGGCCAGGGAACUGAUGGCACUGACAGAGAUGGUCAGGGAACUGGCACUGACAGAGGUAGUCAGGGAACUGGUGGCAUUGACAGUAGAGGCCAGGGCACUGAUAGUGACAGAGGAGGGCAGGGAACUGGUGGCACUGACAGUAGAGGCCAGGGCAAUGGCACUAGAGACCAGGGAACUGGUGGCAAUGGUAGUAGAGGCCAGGGCACUGACAGAAAAGGCCAGGAAACUGGUGGUGCUAACAUACAUACUCAGGGAACUGGAGGUGAGAGGACUGAUGGUACUGGCAGAGGCGGAACUAGUCAAGGUGGAACCCAAGAUAGGGCAGGCCACUAUAUCACAAUACAUGGCCAGGAGUACCGCCUACCAGUAAGCACAAUCCAGAAGCUCUUUGGCUCAUCAUCAUUACCAAAGACAGCCAGAAAAGCUAUUGAAUUGAGAUUCAAAACAACAGGUGGGUCAUUCUAUGAUGCUACUGGGCAGACUACAGUCACUGUGAACACAAAGCCUCUGCAGCUCACAGCAAAUGAACUCUUACAAAUCAGAGAUGUUUACGGAUUCUCUAAAAACCCACAACAUGAUCGCAUGUCCACAGAAUUGGUGUCAAAGAUAUUUGAGACAGCCAUUUUGGAUGUGAUUUCAGGCGUAGAGGCAACCGUCACCAAUGAAAACUUUACGAAAGGACGUCAGGACAGAUUCAUUUCGAUUCACGGUAAACGGUACUUGCUGCCUGUGGACACAGUCCAGAGAAUAUAUGGCCAGUCCACAUUACCUGAAACUGCCAUCAGAAACCUUCAAGUAGACUACAACACUGUAGGUGGUUCCUUCUAUGAAGGCACAGGGACAACAACAAUCUCCGUCAAUGGGAAACCAGUUGCUCUGAAUGCCCAUGAAAUGGACAGGAUCAGGCGCACGGAUGGGUUCAGUGCAACUCCGGAGUUUGAGAGGCUGUCCCCAGAAAUAGUGGUGAAGCUUUAUGAUACAGCUUUGUCUGGUGUCAAUGUUGGACCCCAGGAAGGAAGAGCUGAUCGGGAACCAGGUGUGGCAAUAUUCAAGAUCAACGGCAAGCCUUAUAACAUAACCCAGGCAGACUACAAUGCUAUUUUUGGAGAUCAAGGCCUACCAGCCGGCACCCAGAAGGCCCUUACUUUCUUGGUAAAAUACACCAGCUCUCCAAGAGAUGAUCUGAUAAAGAAAACUGUCUAUGUCAAUGGCAAGAAAGUUGACUUCACGGAAACUGAACUCGAGGACUUUCUGUCAACCUACAAGCAAGAUGGAGAAGUCAUUGGGUCUCGAAUGCCUAUAUAUCUUGUAAGGAAAGUCAUUGCAGCAGCAUACGACAGACAAUUAGCCCCUCAGAUGAAUACAAUGCAACGAUCAUUCCUAAUAAACGGACGCAGUUAUGAAUUAACUUUAAGAGACAUCACUUCGAUAUUUGGAGUGCAAGGCAUACCCCGCGGCACUGAUCAAUCCGUUCGGUUGACUUUCCUUGGGACUAACCAGGUCACCAUCAACGGAUACGAGGCUAACCUUUCAAAUGAUGAGUACCAAGAACUGAAAGAUUCGUCUCUAAGGAACUAUGACCUAGCACAGUCCCUAGUCCACAAAAUCAUCCGUAUAGCCUACGGAUUCUCCAGAGGAAAUACCGGAGUCUUCUCAUUCCAGAUCAAUGGUCAGAGUUAUAAUGUCAGCAGGCAACAACUCAGGACUCUCUAUGGUUCAGAUACAGUUCCGAGCCAAAGGGUGUUGCAGGUUACAUGGAAGCGAGAGCAGGACAGCGCGAAUGCUGUUAUUUUCAUCAAUGGAGAAAGGACAGAGAUUCCAUCUCAUUAUAUUCAAGCAUUGAUAGAUUCAUCCAAGAAGCCAAUGCCAACUGAUCUCCUUCAUUUGAUUCUCAAGAAAGCUUAUGCCCUUUGGAUGAGAACUUCAGCAGGAGGUGGCACAGGGCUAGCUCCGCAGAGUACAACUUUCACAGUCAAUGGAAGGCAGUACACUCUAACACCUGUGGAGCUCCAAGCUCUGUUCCAAGAUGAACAAAUCCCUGCUGGUGAUAACAUCAUCUCCGUGUUAACUAGCUCAGAGGCAACAAAGACAGACAGUGGUUGGAUGACUAAGUACAAGGGCGAGAUUGAUGGCACAGUGAUUGAUCUGCAGAAACAGGAUGUCGACAAACUCAGAGGAAAGUCAGAGAUUUCAAAGCCCCUAUUGAUGAGAAUUCUGAGGGCAGCUUAUAAGUUAACUGGAACUACAGGAGCAGGAUCAUCAGGAUCGAGUUCAAGUGGUGUUAUGGCUGGACCUACCAUCACAGGGUCUACUGUCUUCACAUCUGAGACCAGGGAUGCCGACUGGCCAAUUUUUUACAUCAAUGGCAGAUCUUAUAAUCUCACAUAUGACGAGGUUGAGAACAUAUUCGGAGUAGCUGGCUUACCAGCUGCUGAUCGAAGGAGACUUCUUGUCUCUUACAAGACAUCUUCAAGUUGGUUAAAUGGCAGCCUCAGUGUCGAAACAUCAGUCUUCAUCAAUGGCAAGAAGGUGGCAUUCACAGAAGAAGAUAUCGACUUCCUCAGAAAUUCAACUGACAACCUCCCAAGACCAUUGCUAACGACUUUAUUGAAGGGUGCAUUUGCUGAACGAAAUGACAGUGGAUCAAAUGAUACAGGAACAGGGUCAUCCAGAACGGGAACUGGGUCAUCCAGUAGUACAGGAACAGGGUCAACCGUGUUCACAUCUGACACAAGAGACUCUACAGCUCCAACAUUCAUCCUAAAUGGCAGGUCGUACAUGUUAGAACCUGAGGAGGUAGAGAGGAUCUUUGGUAUCUCUGGUCCACCGGUUGCUGGAAAGAGAACACUUCUGAUGACAUUCAAGACAACCACAGCUCAAACAGGCAACACUUUCAAGACAGAAACCAGAGCAUACGUCAAUGGUAGGAAACUCUUUCUCACCGAAACACAGAUGUCAAGUCUCAGAAGUUCUGGAAGAGCAGAUAUUCCAAGGAGUCUUCUCCAUAUUCUCUUAAGUACUGCCUUUCGGGUGACUGAUGAUACAGCAGCUGGCCAGAGAUCCUCUGGUGAGACAUCUUCAAUGAAGCCAAAGUCUCAACCAUCUGUUUACAUCAAUGGCAGCUUCAAUGUCAAUGGAAGGCAGUAUGAACUCACCACAGACGAGGUUGAGUCAAUAUUUGGGGUAGCGGGGCUCCCAGGUCCAGAGCAGAGGAUGAUGCACUUCAGUUUCAGGACGUCAACAGUUAAGACUGAAACUGGCUUGUACAGGUCACAGACUUUUGUCUAUGUGAAUGGGAAGAAACUGAAUCUCAACGAACAACAAGUUCAACAGAUGAGAGAUUCUAGCACUAGAGAUAUCUCAAAGACCUUAUUUCAUCUCAUAUUGAGGACAGCAUUUGUACAGAGAGCACCAGAAAUGGAGCCUGGAUCAAGUCAUAUGUCAGGGUCUACAUCUGGAAAGGUUGAUUCUUCCACCACAUUCAACAUCAACGGCACACCCUACGAGCUCAGUGCAACUGAAGUGGUGCAAGUGUUUGGCGAGGCCGGUGCACCAAUGGAAAGAACACUGCAGAUAGCGUUCAAGACAUCCUCCAUGCAGACAGGCACUGGCUUCAGUAGUGUGACAUCCAUUUAUGUCAAUGGAAAGAAAGCAAACCUGACCCCAGAGCAAGUCCAGGAAAUCAAAAAUACUGGUACUCAGACAAUCUCUAGAACAGCAGUCUAUACCCUACUGAGGACAGCUUAUGACGAUGAUAGUCAUGCCGAAGUACCUGAAGUCUCCACAACUGUGAGUACCACACUCACUGGACCUGCAGAAGUGACCAGCUUCCAUAUCGGUGGGCGCUCCUAUGAUUUAACUGCCCAAGAAGUCACGUCCAUCUUUGGUGAUACUGACAUUCCACCUGAGAAUGAUAGGAGUAUCAGAGUUUCAUUUAGGACGUCAACUGCUAAAGUUGGGGACAGCUAUAUCACAACAACAUCAGCGUAUGCAAAUGGCAAGAAGUUGACCUUGUCGGCUCAAGAGGUCAAACAGCUGAAGAAUGCAGGGUAUCACGAUAUCAGUAGACGUUUGCUCAGAAUCAUAAUAAGGACUGCCUUUGAUCUGCAUGUAACUGAUACAGAUACAUUAAGGGUUUACACAACUAAACGCAGUGUCAUAGCAGGGACCACAAGAUUUUAUCUCGGAGGUCGUGGAUAUGAUCUAACCAGCCAAGAAGUCAGUUCCAUCUUCGGCGAGUCUGGCCCACCUCAGAAAAGUGACCGGACUGUUGCUUUGACCUUCAGGAUGACAUCUUCACAGACAGAUGAAGGAUCAAGCCAUGAAACUAAAGUACUUGUCAAUGGAAAUCAAGCUGAUCUGACAGGUGACCAAGUAGAACAGAUGAGGAAUGCUCGAGGUCACGAUAUUUCACGCAGCUUGCUCCUGACCAUACUCCGAACAGCCUACGCCACGACGCCCCAAUUAAUUUCAACAGUCAUGCCUGCCAGGACAAUUACUUUCUAUGUCAACAACAGGCCUUAUGAUCUCACAGAAAAGGAACAGGAUAUUAUAUUUGGAGAUGCUGAUGUUCCACCCCAUGAGCAGCGACAAGUUCUAAUCACCUUCAGGAGUAAGUCCAGGCUAUCGUGGGCUGGUUGGAAAACUACAACCACUGUCUCUGUCAAUGGGAAGGAGAUCGACCUGGGUGACGAAGAGGUGACUGCUAUGAAGGCUUCAGCUGUGACAGAUCUGUCACGCGAUCUACUGAUGAAGAUUUUACGUUCAGCUUAUGCCACUGGGACGUCAGGAUUUGAACAACUGGCAGCAAAUCUGAUCAUUUACAACAUCAAUGGGCAAGACUACCAAGUAAGUCUUGCCGACUACAGACGCAUCUUUGGCCGGGCCAAGAGGCGCCCUGAGGAUAGGCAAAAUAUCAUUAUGACGUUUAGGACAGGUGUUGAGAUUGUUGGAGAUGGUUGGGGCGUGGUUAAUAACGUCUAUCUCAAUGACAAGAAAGGUAAUUUCACAGAACAGCAGGUUCAAGAACUGAAAGAGUCAGGCCAAAACAAUAAGAAGAUAGCACAUGACUUGGUUUUGUUGAUUAUCAAAUCUGCUUUUGGAGAGGUGCAGGUCGGACACAAGAAGAGUGGGCAGGUCAGCAAAGGGAUGACGUAUUUCAACAUCAAUGGAAAACAAGUAGGUUUCUCAAGCGAAGAGAUGCAGAGAAUUUUCGAUGCAUCUGGGCCACCACCUGUUAUGCAGCGCACCGUUCAGAUGUCUUUCCGGAGUAGGGCCGUGCAAAAUGGUAAAGAAUGGAGAACUGAAACAACUGUGAUGAUCAAUGGACAAGAAGCCAAUUUUACACCAGAUGAGAAGAAUAUUUUGAGGUCGACCAAUACACAAGAUUCCUACGAAUCACUCCCCCGUGAUUUGCUCCUCAAGAUUUUGAAGUUUGCCUUCAAUGGGCAAGUCGCAGUUAAGCAGACGACACCUGCAAUGGUGCACUUUGGGAAAACAAAGGGAACUGAGGCGGCUAUCCAGAUCGAGAGUAAGGAGAUUUCAGUCAGCCAUGACGAACUCAGCAAGGUCUUGGGAGCAGCUUUCUCCCCAGCUUCCCGGAGCUCCAUGGAGAUCAAAUUCGGUGAUGGGAAAGAUUCGUCUGAAGGUGAGGCACCAGAUGUCUCGGUUUUUGUCAACGGACAGAAAAUUUACUUAACGCCAGAAGAAACGAGAGAAAUCGCUGAGUAUUAUGAUAGAAAUGGGUCUCGCGAUGCAGCGAAGAUGUAUAAGGAAAGGUUGCCAGGCAGCAAACCGACAUCUGGCCGAACGCUUUCACCGCAGCUGAUACAGAAGAUCAUUGACGCAACGUCAGACAGCCGGAGCGCAGAAGAUGGCGGCAAGGGUAUGGCGAUUGAAGAAGGUGCCAACGUACACAGCACAGGCUCCAGGCAGAAGAAACCAAGUUCCCUACUCGAACAUAUCAGACGAGGCGGAGCUGAAAAUGGUCAAAGUUAUAAAUCCUCAACAUCAAGGCCUACGAAUAUGCAGCCUUCACAUCCAGACGAUUAUGCAGUAUCUGACUACCUGAAGGACCAACCAAGGAAGGAUGGCGACGACAGAGGGGGAGAGGUGAAUGAUCAGCUCAAAAAAGAUGAAGAAGUUUGGAAGAUGAUGGACAGGAUGUUCAAGUUUUGAAGGAUUUUCCAAGGAAGAUUCCGGUCGGACUUUUAUGGUUGACUGAAGUUGAAUUCAUCUCAAGUUUGACUAAAGUGCGUACAUGUACAUCUUUUAACAGAACUGUACAUGAAAUGUACACAGGAUUCAGGCAAAUUUGAGAUGAAAUAAAUUUUGGUCCAUAUUUGAUUCUAGGCAGACGAUACAGUGUUGUAGUGGGCAGAACUGUCUCAAGAAAUCAGUUACGAUUGAACCUGAAGAAAUAUAUUUGAAGAAGACUUUGAAUAAGAAUUAAGUUUGGACAAUAAAAAAACCCCAAUAUUAGAACAAAUUCUACUAACAUUAUUUGAUGAUAACAAAAGGAAGAUUACUGAAAUUCUAUCCAACUGCAACACUUUCUUCAAAUAUUUUUCUUAAGAGUUCAAUCCUCUCACUGCUUGAGAGACUUGGAAUGACAUCGCUGCUUUUUGAGACAAUGUGGACUAUAAAUUCAAAAUAAUUUUUCUGAAAUUUCAAAAGGAAGUUCAAGGGAUGAGUGAUAACCAGUGAGGAGAGAAAGUCAAAGUGGCCAGUAACUUUAUACGUUGUGGUCAGCCCAACUUGUUUCAAGGCCAAUGAGGGAUAAUGUCUUGGGGGUUGGUGAGCCGGGCCGAAGAAGUGAAAAUAGACCCUUUCAUCAAAACACGGUGGGAUGGUCAUACGUGCCAUAACAUAUCUGUUUAUGCCAUAAUCUGACAAGAUCUUUCUCAAGCGACAUAAGUAUGGCAUACUAUCAUUGAAAAUGAUAGAAUCAAAAGGAAUUCAAUAUUUUAGUAAGACAUUAGAUUUAUUAGUGUGACCUUAUUUACGCUGCAAGAAGCUUGCUUGUCAUAUCAGUGCCAUAACAAAAUAGACAGUAUAUUUGUUGGUAAAAUUAACAAACGAUGCACAAAAUGGUUAAAGGGACAACUUGGGUAUGAGAUAUGUUUGUUUUUCAUAAAAAAUGGCUUCCAGCAGGACCAUGACUUUUUGAAAAAACAUUGCACUAGAAUGGAAUGUAACACAGGUCUGCCUGAUAUUCACAAGCCAUGUUCAAAACUGCCUCGCAACACUGGCAGCUAUUAUUACCAGAGAUCAGUAUUAGUGUGAGACUACAAGUGGCGGCACAUGGUGGCAAGCCGGGGUAUUUUCCUCCUGGCCAGGCAAAACCCAUGCCUAAGUUGUUCCUUUAAAACGAAGUGUUUAUCGGCAUCUUCCAUUGUGUUCAUGAUUUCAGCCUCAUAAAAAUCUUCACGUACAUGCCAAGGUGAAAAAACUACCUUCACAGUUGAUAAUAAUUUUCUUUAUCAAAUGCAAUUAUGUUAGAAAACGCUACAAGCACGGCAAGAGACUUGUAUGUGUGAGCACCAAUCUACGUAUCAAUGUCAUUAUACUCCUUGAGGGCUUUGAAUCUGAAGUUGGAACAAAAUUUACGGAUUGUGCAGUCGUGGCAGUUUGAAGAAAAUAGGCUAAUAUCUAUCUAUGCAAUAAUUUCAAAGCAGCUUCGCACCAGGUAUAUUAUCAAUUACUAUAAGUUUGGAUCUCGACGAACAACAACACAGCUACAUAUCGCUGACAUAGCUGUUAUACAGUACUGGUCACAUUUGACAAACCCUACUUCUGGUAUACCGCGUGCAACCAAUGUCUGGCUUGAGCGCAAAUAUUUGCACUAGAUUAUCAUCAUGAACAUCCAAACUCAAGUCUCAGUUCAGAUUUGAGGUCUUUUCUGACGUGACGUUAUGUCAUGCAACAAUGACAAUUGAUUUUUAAUUUUGAAUAAUCUUAUGGAAUUAGAAGUGCUAAUAAUUACCUAGCCAGUAUAAAAAGUUUUCAUGUGGUCUGUAGUGUUGGCUAUGGAUGACCUCUACGGCAACAAGAAAGUCAUGUCAGUUGUAACCAGUACUGUACACUAGCACUAGUCCAAGUAAGAAUGGGAAACACCUUCGAUAUAUACCUGUUGUAUUUCUAAAGCUUUUGCUUAAGUAUAAAUGGUACAAGUAUUGUAACAGGUUCAUUUUAUAGAAAAAAAAUCAAAAGUUUUAAUAUUGUGAAAAAAGCUUAUACCAAGUAUCUAAAAGUAGUUUGUACAAUUUGUAAGGGAAUAUCUCCAUGCUUUUAGCAAAAAUUUAUACUGGACAAAGUAAGACAAAUAAAUUUCUUUUCUU